AUGGACUUUUCGCUGGCUAGUUCCUUGGGUGUCGCUUUAAGCGCACUUGGCGAAACCGUACAGUCCGGCUCUCUCCGGAAUCUUGCUGUCUUCCAGACGCUAGAAGAGUUGAACACUGGCCGUAACGAUGGUCGUUCCUGGAGGCCAAAGCCAUUCCCGAACAGUACUAGGGCCAAGCCCAAAAAAAAGAUGUUUCCACCCCCUCUUGCUGCCUAUUCAGUCUCGACAGAGCAGCCAUUUUUUGCCACAGGUAAGGAACCUUCACCGCACUUUGACGAAUUCGAGAUGCAGCUGGAACUGCACGAGAGACGUCUGCAUAGCAUUCAGAGGCUCGGGUGGGACUCCAUACGACCCAUCGGCGUCGAAUAUACACUGGAGGAACAAGCCGAACUAAUGCAACUAGAGGCCCUGGGGGCCGAACGUCAACCACAGCUGCGCAAUUCCCAAAAUAUGCAGCAGGAGGAGAACAGAGCUUCACCGAAUAGAAUAAUUGCUGAAACUGUACCAGAGGGGGAAGACUUGGAUGUACUAGAUGAACCCCCAGCUGUUGAUUUGGAGGUAGAUUUGGAUGAAGACGUUCGAGAAGAUGAGACCUCUUAUGACUAUGAUGACGAGUUUGCGAGAAUCGACGACGAGGAUGAGCCACCUGGCAUCAUUCACCACCCCACGAUGCAACGACCAGAGCAUACGGUACAGCAAUUCAUAGAGACGUCACACCUUGGGGCAAGCCAUCCCUACGACGUUGAAAAUAAUUACGGCGGUUACGAAUACAGCGAGCCACAGCCGCGUGGGGACAGCGAGGACGACAAUCGUGAGGGCCAAGGACCAUCCCUACUGCCUCCAGCUUUGGUAGUAGGUGCAGGGACUUCUGAUAGAAGCGGAACUAGACCCGGGGCUGAUAUACCUCCGUUGCGCCGUCAGCUUCAAAGUCGAAGGGCUGAGUUCGAAUCAAGCGAUUGUGAGUGA